UGUUAGCAGUCGCUACACACACAGCACACUCAGGAGGAAGCUAGUGAUCAACUCCUGCUAACAGGUUUUUAAAAAGGUCGAAAUCAUCUACGAAUCCACAGUGCUGUUGGCAAGCGGCUGAAAAAUAAGCUUUGGCUUUUGUGAAACAGAUUUGAAAACUUGUGCUUGCUUUGAUUUCCUCAAAGUUUUGCCAUUUUAUGAUACGCUACUGAAGAAAUAUGGCGGACGGAGGGCAUUACUACAAUGAGCAUGAUGAUCGAACCGCGCCAUCAUUCCGUACCCGCAAAGGCAGAGGACCCCACAAGGGACGGUUUGACCGAUCGCGCAGAGAUCGCCAUCGUGGUGGCCAGUCGGGAGGUUUUGGUGAUGGACCUGGACCGAGGUCUAGACUUGAAGACCCUGAUGGAGAUGUAACCAUGAGUGAUGGAUCACAGGAUAGUAGUGGACAGAACAGAUUUACCCCAUAUGGAAGACCAGGCAGGAAAGGUGAAGGAAGGUUUGAAAGAGACAGACGACCAUUCAAAGGUGGUCGUGGUGGUAGUUUCAGAGGAGGAGAACGAGGUGGAGGAGGAGAUAGUGGAUUAGGGGCAAGGACACGCUCUGGCUGGUAUAAAGUAACUAUACCACAUGGAAAGAAGUAUGAUAAAAAAUGGUUACUGGCAGCUCUUCAGAAUAUUUGUUCUGUACCCUAUACACCAGUGCAGUACCACGUGGACCAUAACAGAGCCCAUUUUUAUGUAGAUGAUUCAAAUGCUGCAAAUGCUCUGCACAAAUGUUCUCACAAGAUUACAGACGUGGAUGGUUAUAAGGUGGAAGUCCAUGUUAAUGGCAGUCAUCCUCCUUCCUUUCUGAUGUCUGAUCUAAAACCUGAGCACUUGGAGCAUCUUAAGCGAUGUAUGGCAAAACGUUUUGAUGGCUCACAGCAAGCUCUUGAUUUGAAUAACAUCCGAACAGACCCAGACUUGGUGUCUCAGAAUGUUGAAGUUAUAUUAAACAGAAAAACGAGUAUGGAAGCUGUCAUUAAGAUUAUAGAAGAAAACAUCCCAGAGCUGACAAGCCUAAAUCUGAGCAACAACCGCAUUCACAAGUUGGAUGAAUUGACCGAACUGGUUACGAAGGUGCCUAACCUGAAGACACUAAAUCUCUCCCACAAUGAACUUAAAUCAGACAGAGAACUGGAGAAAAUUAAAGGCUGGAAGCUUGUGGAACUGUGGCUGAACAGAAAUCCUCUGUGCGAACACUUCAAGGACCAGGCCUCAUACAUUAGUGCUGUACGUCAGAGAUUCCCCAGACUUUUGAAACUCGAUGGACAUGACCUCCCUCCGCCCAUUGGCUUUGAUGUGGAAACACCAACCACUAUACCCCAAUGCAAGGGCAGCUGUUUUGGUUCUGAUGAAAUAAAGGCUCUUAUUCUCAGAUUCCUUCAACAAUACUACAGUAUAUACGACUCAUCAGACAGACAACCACUUCUUGACGCUUACCAUGAUGGUGCAUCUUUCUCUCUCACUACUCCGUUCUCUUCACAAAAUCCUUCCAGGAGCAGUCUCGGAGAAUAUCAUAAAGACAGUCGAAAUCUUAAGAGGUUGAAAGAUCCUACUAUGCGGUUUCGUCUGCUGAAACACACACGACUCAAUGUUGUGGCAUUCCUUAAUGAGCUACCCAAGACUCAACAUGAUAUUGCAUCUUUCACAGUUGAUGUAAAUACCUACACAAACACCCUAUUAUCUUUCACAGUGAGUGGGGUCUUCAAAGAAGUUGUUGUUGAUGGAAAAUCACGAGAGUCUACCAUGGCCUUCUCUCGAGUUUUCAUUACUGUCCCUGCUGGCAGUUCUGGUUUGUGUAUUGUGAAUGAUCAUCUUUUUGUACGAAUGGCUACCACAGAGGAAAUUCGCAAAGCAUUUGUUGCUCCAGCACCUACUCCAUCUUCCAGUCCGGUUCCAACUCUCACAGCUCCCCAGCAAGAGAUGUUAACUGCCUUUUCACAGAAGUCUGGCAUGAACCUGGAAUGGUCUCAAAAGUGCCUCCAGGACAAUGAGUGGGAUUUCAACAGAGCAGCUCAAAUUUUUACUCAGCUCAGGAGUGAAGGCAAGAUCCCGGAUGUUGCAUUCAUAAAAUAAGCUCAACUAUUCUGUGAAAUAACAUCUGCUGUUAUUAUUAUUAUUAUUUUUUUAUUUAUACAUUUCUUUUACUCUUCUUUACAUAGCUAAUGAUGUAGAUCAAGUUUACAUUAGCUCUUGAUUUAAUGCUGCUUUGUUUUAACUGCAUAUUUCCCAUCUGUUACAUAAAAACUGAUGUUAUGAUGCAAUUUUGGUUGUACUUGUAACUUAAGUUUUUAGUAAAUUCUAUAUUUCACUCACUAUAUAUUCUCCAGUCCAGUCUUGUGACUUAUGUUCUUUUGUGCAUUAUUAAACAAUAAACUUGUUUUAUACAACUUCAGUA